AUGUACGCGCUCACUUUGACGGCGGAAUUAUCCGGGGUUACCAACCUGCGACCCCAGGACACAGAGGAUAGUCCGUUCUGGUAUACUUUCACGGUCCAGUGCACAUCAUGCCGCGAGACACAUCCAAACACCGUCGCCGUCAGCAGAUUUGAGAACAAUGAGAUGAGCGGCAGCAGGGGCGAGGCCAACUUUGUUUGGAAGUGCAAGAACUGCAAGCGAGAGUCGACUGCCACCAUCAAGACUACGCCAAAACCGUACGAGCAAGGAGAGCCGGCAAAGGCGCAGCCCAUCAUCGAGUUUGAUUGCCGGGGCCUGGAAUUCACAGCUUUUCACCCGGAGGGCAACUGGCUCGCGGAGGGUGCGGACUCGGGCACCAAGUUCACCGAGAUUGACACUCUGGCGGACGGAGAGUGGUUUGACUAUGAUGAGAAAUCCGGCGAGGAGGUUAGCAUCAAGGAUCUCACCUGGGAUAUCAAGCCAGAGCGCCGAGGCAAUACCAGACCCAAGCCGCCCACCAUGAGUUUCAUGCCCUACAACCCGCGGUCUAUGCUGCAAGACCUCGUCAAUAAGGACAUCGUCGUGCGCCUGAAGUGGGGCCAGACCGAGUACAAGGGCCGCCUGGUGUCGACCGACAGCUACAUGAACAUCCAGCUCACCAACGCCCAGGAGUUCAUCGACCAGAAGUUCACGAGCGACCUCGGCCAGAUCCUGAUCCGCUGCAACAACGUGCUGUGGGUCAAGGGCGCCGACCAGGGCGAGAGCGGCGACGUUAAGAUGGAGGGAUGA